AUGGGAGUAGGAGGAGUAGAGGAGAAAAAUCCCUUUCCAGAAUUGUACCCAACGGAGCCUCCGGUAUUCGACGUUCAUUUUAUUCGAUUGAACGCGACCGUGACGAAGGCGGUUUUAUGGGGUCCGAACGGUGUCAUGGUCAUGCAUAUUCCAAAACGUUGGGGACCCUACGGAGGAUUUCAAGGUGAAAAAUGUAAAAUUUUGACGAGAGACUCUAAAAAAAAAAAAGGGACGCUAAUUAAAAAGGACAUGACCGAUUUCAACCCUUUACUACCACAUGGCCACGGCAAAAGAAUUUAA